GGCAAUCGGAGCGCAGCAUCCACGAGAUGUUAAAAGACACUCCGCCGCUGCGCGAAUCCAGCGACUCCAUCACGUCGGGCACGGAGGCCAAGUUCCCCACGUCGCGGUCCAUGCCCUUCCCGCCCGCGUAUGCGCCCCCGGACGUGUCCCAGAAUGGCGCCGGCUCCAGCACGCUGCUCCGCGCCGGCUCGUCCAAGCUGGACGCCAUCCGGAACUGGGGCGUCUCCACAUACAAGUGCACCAAACAGAUACUCUAUGAGAAGCUCGGCAAAAGCUCACGGACUGUGGAUACGGAGCUGGAGGCCCAGAUCGAGAUGUUGCGCGAGACGCAGCGCAAGUACGCGGGCGUGCUGCGCCUGUCGGGGGCGCUGACCUCGCAGCUGGCGGCGGCGGCGGCCACGCAGCGCGCGCUGGGCGAGUGCUUCGCCGAGCUGGCGCAGAAGUCGCCGGAGCUGCAGACGCAGUUCCUGUACAACGCGGACACGCAGCGCACGCUGACGCGCAACGCGGACACGUUGCUGGCCGCGCUGCACUUCUUCAACAACUCGCUCGCCACGCUCACGCACAAGACCAUCGAGGACACCCUGCUCACCAUCCGCCAGUACGAGGCCGCCAGGGUGGAGUACGACGCCUACCGCAGCGAGCUGGAGGCCAGCGGAGGCAACCCGCCAGAACUAUUGCUCGCUAACAUCGAGCGACAUCGCCGACACUACGAGCGACUGCGGGACGACUCCGCCGUCAAACUCAAGUUGCUGCACGAGAACCGGGUGAAGGUGAUGAACAAGCAGCUGUUGUUGUUCCACAACGCGGUGUCGGCCUACUUCAGCGGGAACCACGUCGCGCUCGAGGCCACCGUGCGACACUUCAACAUCACGCCGGCGCCCGCGCCCUCCCCCGCGGGGCUGGCGCCGCUGUCGGCGCCCGCGGGCCUUGCGCCCCCGCCGGCCGCGGGGCUGGCGGCGCCGCCCCCGGCCGCGCCGCUGUCCGCCCCCCCCGCGCCGCGCCCCGCGUAG